AUGGCGGAAAUAACAGCCAACUCAUCUACCUUUGCGCACCCCUCAGCCGUCAGUUCGGCUGAGCAGCCCUUCCAAAGCCUUGUAAAUACAGUGGGGGAAUUGGGGAAAUCCCUUGAGGGAAUAAGUGCAUGGCAGGCUAUCAUUACCAUUUUACUGCUAUCUGUAACCUAUGAUCAAGUUCGGUACCUUUGGCAAAAGGGCAGCAUUGCUGGGCCAUCGUUUAAGAUUCCUUUCAUGGGGCCUUUCUUAGAAUCUAUGAAUCCAAAGUUUAGCGAGUACCUUGCCAAAUGGAAUAGCGGGCCACUGAGUUGUGUUUCAGUGUUCCAUAAAUUUGUCGUCAUUGCAUCUACUAGAGAUCUGGCUCGCAAGGUUUUCAACUCCCCGGCAUAUGUCAGCCCCUGCGUUGUCGAUGUAGCGAAGAAGAUUCUCCGACCUAGCAACUGGGUUUUCUUGGAUGGAAAGAACCACGUUGAAUAUCGUAAGGGACUCAAUGGAUUGUUCAGUCGUCAAGCUAUGGGCAUGUAUUUGCCUGGGCAGGAGGAAAUCUAUGAUACCUACUUUAAAAGGUGGCUGGAAAUUUCAAAGGAUGGCAAGCCGCGACCAUACAUGAGCGAGUUCCGAGAUAUCAAUUGCGCUGUUUCCCUACGCACUUUUGUUGGACACUAUAUCACCGAUGAAGCUGUUAAGGAAAUCUCCGAAAACUACUAUAAAAUCACUGAAGCACUCGAACUCGUCAACUUCCCCAUCAUCAUUCCAUUCACAAAGACCUGGUACGGAAAGAAGUGCGCCGAUUUUGUCCUCAACGAAUUCGCAAGAUGCGCCGCACUCUCGAAGGUUGCCAUGGAGGCUGGAAAGGAGCCCGGUUGCACUAUGGAUGCCUGGAUAAAGUCUAUGAUUGAGGCCAGGGAAGCCGCAAAGAAACAUGAAUCUGGUGAACUUGAGGGAGAAAUGAAGGCUUCUGCUAAAAUCCGGGUGUUCUCUGAUAUGGAAAUCUCCAUGACUAUUUUUACCUUCCUUUUCGCUUCCCAGGAUGCAUCUUCCAGCGCCAGCACUUGGCAAUUCCAGCUCCUUGCUGAUAGGCCUGAUGUUAUGGCUAAGGUCCGUGAGGAGCAGCUUCGCGUUCGCGGCGGUGAUCCGUACAAGCGUCUCGAUUUGGAUUUGAUUGAUCAGAUGGUCUACACUCGUGCCGUUGUCAAAGAGCAACUCAGAUACCGUCCUCCAGUUAUUAUGGUACCCUAUGAGGUCAAGAAAUCCUUCAAGCUUACAGAAAACUACACUGUCCCUAAAGGCGCCAUGGUUAUUCCCACACUUUACCCAGCUCUUCACGAUCCUGAGGUCUAUAAUGAUCCCGAAGCUUUCAACCCCGACAGAUGGUUGGAAGGUGGUGAGGCUGAGGCCGCAAAGAAGAACUGGCUUGUAUUUGGCACUGGACCUCACGUCUGCCUUGGUCAAAACUAUGCGAUUAUGAACUUCAUGUCUAUGAUUGGCAAAGCGUCUCUUAUGAUGGACUGGGAGCACCACACAACACCUCAGUCGGAAGACAUUAAAGUUUUCGCAACGAUUUUCCCUGAGGACGAUUGCCAUCUUGUUUUCAAGGAACGUCUUCCUUUGACACCGCCAACAUCAUCAUGA